AUAGAGAUUAAAUUGUAAUUUUGGGAAUAAUAUAAUAUUCCAAGUAGCUUGAAAUUUGAAAUAGGAGGAAUCAAUCAAUUUCCAAAGGGAUUAUCAAUCCAUUAAGAAAUGCCAGUGAGAGUGGUGGAGACCUCCGCACCUUCUCAAAUUUCAGGUGCGAUUUCUGAACAGAUUUCGCCACCAUUUUGUACACUUCUGAGUGUUGGACAGACUUUCUCUGGUACCCAGAAUGUUUCUAGUCUACAGAAAGAUGAAGCAUGGAGAGUUAAUGUCCGUAUUCAAGGAUAUGACCUUGAUCAUGGUUACUUAUGUGGCACUAUGGAAGCUUUAAAUGUUCCUAUGGCAGACACGCCAGUGGUAACCUUCUGGGAAGGGGAGAUUGUUGAUGGCAAGAAUUACACUUUCUUCACUGGCAAAUGGGAAGCAUCAGCGGAAGAUGAUAUUAGGCAUUGGACAAAGUUUCCAUCCUUCUCCCCUUUCUUGUGCCAAGUGGAGGUUGAUGGUGGCAAAUCCUUGGAUUUGAGUAACUACCCUUGCAUAUUUUUGAGGUGGAAAGAGCAAUAUUUUGUCAAUGUUGGAACAGACUGUGGGUUAACCAUAGCUGGUUUUUACUAUGUUUGUUUCUCUUGUACUGAUGGCUCCAUCAAUGGCUUCUAUUAUGAUCCUAAUAGCAGAAUUAUGGAUGUGCUUGAAACCAGCGCAUUGAUCUCGAUACUUCAAUCAUCUGUAUUUUUCUGCCUUUAGAGACGCAUUGAUUGAUGAAAAUAUGCACUCGAAUAAACCUGCAGCCCAUUUCAGAAGCUUGAACUGAAAUCCACCAAUGAGGGACGAUCAGGCUUCAGUUUUUCAUCUUAUGAGUUGCAGUAAAAUUGAAUAUGGGCACCUGACUCUCGGAUUAGCUACUGUCUUGAGUAAACUUGUUGAAUGGAGAUGGGCUCCUAAAAAUGGAGUUAUUGGCGGUUCAGAGGGACUCGAAUGGAUGUACUUGAGAAUUGCCUUAGAGAACUUCUUGAGAUGCACAUCUUCUUGAGUACCCUGGUCUGCUUAGUGAAGAAAGAUUUAUUCCGGUCAUAUCAUCCGAUAGUCUAAGGAUGCACUUGCUGCAUUCAAGUGUAAUAAGAGAAGUACUGCCUCCUAACAUUUGCCUAGGGCAAAAGCUGCAUAUGCUUUUGUAGCUAAAUUUGCAUA